AUAUUAAUUACUAUUAGCGUUGAAUGAGCCGGCUCCAUUGAUCAGGAUGAGGAGGAAUCUGACAAGCUUCUCAAUUUAUUAUUAAUACCCAGAUCCCAUUUCACUGUCAGUCAGUCCUUGAUCCUCAUUUUCUUAUAUUUUUCCCUACCAAUUUCUGACCAAUUCACGUCCAUUUGUUUGCGGAUCUCGCUCCAGGAUUGCAUCGAAUCAUAAACACUGGAUUUUAUUAAUUUAUGUCUAGUAGAUCUUGUUUGUUUAUCUUCCUUCUGAAUUCCUCGUGACCCAUUGAUUGAUUGAUUGAUUGAUUGAUCAUCCGAUCCGAUCAAGGUUUUGUUUGAUCUUAGAAUCGGUAUAUCCGAUCAAGUUGCUGCCUUUGAACAUGAGACUUCCGAUGGUGGACUGUCGAAGCUUGAUUGAGUUCUGCAGGACUUUUGAAGAGCAUCAGAAAUUAUCCGAUUCUGUUCAGUCAAAAGGAAGACGAAUUCGCUGUCGUGGAGUUUCAGGCAACAGGAAGAAACACGGCAAUUUGAACCAUCAUCCAUUCUCUUUCUGCCAUCAUUCAUCCGUCGCUGCAAUGGAUGUCUUCAUGCUGUUUCUAGUUCUGGGUGCGUUGGGUCUUCUAACGUUUCCUUCUCUCAGAUUAGUCCUUCACGAAUCAUCACAGUUUUUCACUGCUCUUUUCUCUAUCAUCUGGGAUGGCUUGAAAGACGCACCUUUGGCAUAUCUGUUUGGGUUCAGUGCAGGAAUUGUGCUGGUGAUUCUCACCAUUGCAGUGUGGGAGUUGUUAGAUACUCAAUCAAGGAAGUGCAGGAGGAAUCCUUAUUGCAAAGGGCUUAGGAGGGCAAUUGAAUAUGAUAUCCAGCUAGAAUCGGAAGAGUGUGUGAGAUACUUGCCCCCAACACCAACGGCUGCUUAUGGAAUGCCAUCGCUCGAACUGGGGAGGGACCACAAGGAAUUGGAGGCUGAGCUGAAAAAGAUGGCGCCGGUUAAUGGAAGAACAGUCCUCAUAUUUCGAGCACCUUGUGGUUGCUCUGUUGGAAGAAUGGAAGUUUGGGGAGCGAAGAAAGUCCGUGGAAUGAAGAAAUAAAACUCUUUUAAUUUCCUUAAAUGUCUUAUUAUUAACCUCAUUACUGAUCAGUAUUAUUAGAUAUAUAUUAGUUCAGAGGACUUCUCUUGACUCUAUGAAUAAAGUUUGGUCAUUCGAAU